AUGCCCGCCACUGCCCCCUCGUCUGCCUCGCCCACGGUUGUGCGCAGCCAUUCGACCUCCUCCCGGUCGCACUCCUACCGGCCGCCCUCGUCGGAACUGCCUCACCGCACGCGCAGUGUGGCUGUGAGGCCCUCCACCGCUGCUGCUGCUGCUACUGCUGCUUCUACCGCCGCUGCUGCUGUUACUACUACUGUUGCUGCUGCUUCCUCUCACGCAAAAUCGGCUACCCAGCCCCAUGACCACCGCCCGCCUUCCAACCACGCUGCCCAUAGAGACUUUGACGCCGCCAGAAAUUCCCGGUCGGCCUCGUCGCGUCGCGAUCCAUCCAGGGAUCUCUCCGAAGAGCGUCCUUCCACCGCGUACCGCACCGAAUCCAUCAGGAGGCAUCAUAAAACUCCCUCGACCCACAGUUACCAUCGAGAUAGCGCCGACCCGGCUGCGGCAGGGCCCGUCAUGUCGGACGCUGUCGCUGUCGCCGCCGCUCCUACGCCCAAUGCUACUACAUCCGGCACUUCCUAUUUGCAUCCCUCCAAUUCUACUCAAGCAAAGCGUCGCACCACCAUCACCACCCCCACCGGCCAAUGGGCCCUGGGGAAAACAAUCGGUGCCGGGAGCAUGGGUAAGGUCAAAUUGGCCAAAAGCCUAGAGACCGGCGAGCAGGUCGCUAUUAAGAUCGUUCCCCGACAGUCAUCGUCCGAGGAGCACCGCAACAGCCGAGACGCCGAGCGCGCCGAUCGCUCCAAGGAAAUUCGUACUGCUCGUGAGGCGGCCAUCGUCAGUCUGGUUCAUCAUCCGUACAUCUGCGGCAUGCGAGAUUUCGUACGUACCACAUACCACUGGUACAUGGUGUUUGAAUACGUCAAUGGAGGUCAGAUGUUGGACUAUAUCAUUUCCCAUGGGAAGCUCAAGGAGAAGCAAGCCAGGAAGUUUGCUCGCCAGAUUGCCAGCGCGUUAGACUACUGCCACCGCAACAGCAUCGUCCACCGCGACCUGAAGAUUGAGAACAUCCUGAUCAGCAAGACUGGUGACAUCAAGAUCAUCGACUUUGGUCUCAGCAACCUGUUCUCGCCCCGGAGUCUCCUCAAAACCUUCUGUGGCAGUCUCUACUUUGCAGCCCCGGAGCUGCUUCAAGCAAGACAGUACACCGGCCCAGAAGUAGACGUCUGGAGUUUUGGCAUCGUCUUGUAUGUUUUGGUCUGCGGCAAAGUCCCUUUUGAUGAUCAAAGCAUGCCACAACUCCAUGCCAAAAUCAAAAAGGGUGUCGUCGAAUAUCCUCAAGGACUUAGUUCAGAAUGUCGCCAUAUCAUUUCGCGCAUGUUGGUCACGGAUCCCAAACAGCGCGCCAGUCUCGCAGAGAUCAUGGCUCAUCCCUGGAUGAACAAGGGAUACCAUGGCCCUCCCGAGAACUAUCUACCUUCCAGAGAGCCACUGCAGCUUCCGUUAGAUCCAGAGGUUGUGGAGAAGAUGACGGGCUUCGAUUUUGGUCCUCCCGAAUACAUUACCGCUCAGCUCACCAAGGUUCUGGACUCGGACGACUACCAGCAUGCAGUACAAACAAAUUUACGUGAACAAUCAGCCCCCAACCUGUCGGAGAAGAAACGCGGCGUAUUCGAUUUUUACAAGCGCCGGAACUCGGCGAGUCGAGACACCCUGUCAGCCCCUUCGGCGGAGACGGUCCCCCUGGGCAACGAUCCUUUGAAUGCCUACAGUCCUCUGAUCUCCGUGUACCAACUGGUGAAAGAAAAGCUGGACCGGGAAAGAGCUGAGACUAACCCGGGCGCCGCGAGUAUGCCUCGCCCCUCUGGGGAGGCGAUGCUCCAGAUGCCUGACCUGCCGGUACCUCAGGCUGCUCAUACGAACCAGUACCAAGUCCCCGGAGAAAAGGAUACGGUCACGACUACGGGAGGACAGCGCUCGCGUCCCCGUGCGAGAACCCAUGGGGACGAUGAUCUCUCCAACGAAGUCAAGAAUCUGAACCUCGCUCCGCAGGCAGGAGCGGUGCCCCAGGCUCCUCUGACCCCUCAACCCGAGACUCCUAUCAAGAAGGAGAGCACUGCGGCCGGCAUACUGAGACGUUUCAGCACUCGUCGAGUCAAGGACCGUGGGCGCGAGAUGGAGCGGGAAAAGGUUCCAAACAGCCCUCAAACGCCCGCUCUAAAUGUUCAGCCUCCCGUCGAUUCGGCGUCACCACUUCACCGAGGGUUUAGUAUGAGACGGGCUCGGCGCGCGGAACAAUCGCCAUCCGCCAUCCCAUCGGGAGGCAGCCAGCCCCAACACCAGGAUCUGUUGAAGGCUCCAGGAUCGGCCGAGCCGGCCUCACGAUCCAACAAGUACCUGGAGCGCUCCACCAGCGUCAACUCGGCCGAUUAUCGGUCACGACGAACCCUACGCAGAGGCGAGCCAGACGCCGGGGAUCCGACAAUAUCCGCCGCUACGACGACGACAACGGCCACCACCGCCACUACCACCUCGCAUCAUCAUCAUCAUCACCACCACCACCACCAGCAGCCCCCGCCGACCAGCGGGUCUGACCAUCUGGCCUCCUCCUCCAGAGAUUCUCGGCCUUCGAUGGGAGGAGGGAGCCGCACACAUACCUCUCGAACUAUGUCGCUUGGCCAUGCUCGACGUGAGAGCAUCCAAGCUAGACGGGCCCGACGGGAGGCUGUGCGGGAGGCCAACGUCCCCGAGGAGACGGACGCUGACAUCUCGGGUGCUGGCAACGCGCUAGAAAGUGCCAACGAAGGGGAAGAUCUGUCCAAACCCGUCUACCUCAAGGGUCUGUUCAGUGUUUCAACCACGAGCAGCAAGCCCCUUUCGGUCAUUCGGGCGGACAUCAUGCGCGUACUCAAGCAGUUGUCCGUAGACUAUGUGGAAAUCAAAGGUGGCUUUAGCUGCCGACAUGCGCCCAGCAUCGAUCUCGAGAAAGUGGUCGACGUCUGCCCGCCGAGUCCUGAACGCCAGGGUCACGUCUCGAGUCACCGGCGUCGGAUCAGCUUUGGGGGUCUACUCGCCCACGAUGACCCCCGGGAAGAUGCCAGGCCCCCACGGCCCCAGCGCCGGGCCCCCGAUCGGAGCUUCGUGACCAACUCGGAGGGCUCUGACGAAUACGUAUCGCCCCGCGAGAACAACGGGGAGCGGGUCAUGGGCGAGACCACCACCCGUGUCCAGAGUGACACGGGAGAAAAUCUGAUCCUCCGGUUCGAGAUCCUGAUCGUCAAGGUCCCGCUCUUCUCUCUGCAUGGAAUCCAAUUCAAAAAGGUGUCAGGUGGUAUGUGGCAGUACCGGGAGAUGGCUAAGAAGAUCCUUGAUGCAUUGCGGCUGUAA